AGACCGGUCAACUGCUCCAACAGCCAUGCGUGCACUGGCCUCUCCAGGGACGGCGUUUGCUGUGCUUUUCUUCAUCAGCAGGAUUAUGGAAGACUUUCUCCUGCUGGCAGAAGUAAAGGAGGGCGAGAUUCUCCCCCCCACCAUUCACAAGCUGAUGAAAGGAUACAACAAAUACCUGCGGCCUUUCUUUGACAAUGGGCCGGUCACGGUUGGCAUGAGUUUGGACAUUGCCAGCAUCGACACGAUAUCAGAAAUCAACAUGGACUACACCGCCACGAUUUUCCUGAGGCAGCGGUGGACGGAUGAGCGUCUGUGUUUCGACGGCAAUAAGAGUCUGAGCCUGGACGGCCGGCUGGUGGAGCUGCUCUGGGUGCCCGACACCUUCAUCGUGGACUCCAAGAAGUCCUUCCUCCAUGACAUCACCGUGGAGAACAGAUUGAUCCGGAUCUUUCCGAACGGCACCGUUCUGUAUGCCCUGAGGAUCACAACCACGGUGGCCUGCAACAUGGACCUGACCAAGUACCCUAUGGACAAGCAGACCUGCACUCUGCAGCUGGAGAGCUGGGGGUAUAAUAUAAACGACGUGAUGUUCUACUGGACCAGAGGAAACGACUCUGUGAGCGGCCUGGACACACUGCGAUUGGCCCAGUACACGGUCGAGGACCACUACACCUCUGUCUCCGAGGCCAUCUACGAGACAGGGCACUACCCCAAACUGAUAUUCCACUUUGAGCUGAAGAGGAGUAUCUUGUACUUCAUCCUGGAGACGUACGUUCCGUCCAGCCUGCUGGUGGUGCUCUCCUGGGUCUCCUUCUGGAUCAGUCAGUCCUCUGUCCCAGCCCGCAUCUGUAUAGGUGUGACCACCGUGCUGACGAUGACUACCCUGAUGAUGGGCGCCCGAACCUCGCUGCCCAACGCCAACUGCUUCAUCAAGGCCAUCGACGUGUACCUGGGCAUCUGCUUCAGCUUCAUCUUCGGAGCGCUGAUCGAGUACGCAGUCGCUCACUUCUGCACCCUGCAUCACCCCAAUGGAGCCAACGCGUUCAUGUACGGACAGCAGGUUCUGGAAUGUGAAGACGAGAUGAACGGAGUUGUGACCACCAUCGCCAGCAACUCCACGCGUUUGAAGAAACGCAAGGAGCCCGCAGCGACCCCCUCGACCCCCACCACCCCGGGGCCCGGGGCCAGCAGCCCCUCCAGCAGCGAGCCGGACGCGGACACGCCCCGAGAGGCACCCAGCCGGCUGGAGGAGGUCCUGCGCUCCCUGAGGAAGUGGCUGAACUUCAUAAACUGCUGCCACGUGGAGAACCCGCACUACAUAGACAACUACUCACGCAUGUCCUUCCCUCUGUCCUUCAUCGCCGUCAACCUGCUAUACUGGACAUACUACUUAUACUUUUAACACGCGUGUGCUUGUGUGUGUGUGGGUGUGUGUGUGUGUGUGUGUGUGUGUGUGCGUGUGUGUGCGUGUGUGUGCGUCUGCUCAUUCCGUCGUCUUCCGAACAGAGCGUGUUUGUUUGAACGGUACGUUCGCAGAUUCCGCAGGCUUCGCCGAAUAACCCCUGUGAAGUUACAGAACGGAGUGGUGACUGCCGUCCAACACCUCAACAUUUCUCAACGAAAAAGCCAGCGUUAUAAAAACGUGUGUGCGCGUGUGUGUUUGUGGGACAAGUCAGGCUGUAUUCUAUAAGCUAUUCAAUUGUUUCAAUUAUUCGUUAAUUUAUCUAUUUAUUUCCCAUAUUUCCUGUGUUCCAGUACACAAUCAAAUGACUGAGAAAGGGAAACUCAGACCAGACUUCUUUGAGCGCAGCAUGUCCAGCAAAAAGCAUGAAAGGUGCAACUGUACAGCCACUGUAUGUGAGCCCCUUAGAGGCACCUCCGGAGCACCUGAAGAGAGCUGGAGGCAUUUUCACUACAGAUUGAGCAGGGCUGACAGCCCUGAAUGCUGUAUUAGAUUUGCCAGCAGACCUGCAGAGUGAGAGGGAAGCAGUCUUUAUCCUCCAGGAAAGUGUCUUUGACAAUGCUUAGCUUGCCGCUAAUCACGCUUCACUUUAACUUCACUUUGCAGCCAUUCAGCUGUAGGCGCUCUUGUCCAGAGCAACAAACAGAUCAGGGAUCGGUGCAGAAACCCCAAAAGUGGAGAAAUGGCGAGUGUGCGCACAUACGUGAGUGACAACCUCUCAGCUACCGUAUUAAAUAUUAAAUUGUAAACGCGGUUUUUAAUGUGCAAUAAACUGCACAAAACAAAAACGGCAAAUUACACAGAUUUGGGAAAAAAAUGCUGAUUUUGUGAAAUUAUUAUUGACUUCACACUAGGAAACAUUUCCCUUCCUGGGGAUAUUUCAGUUGCAAACUCACUUAUUUAUUUAUAAACAUAAAACCGUUAUAUUUCUUGGUGGAACCAGUGCUUUUUGCUUCAGUUGAUACUUCAACUCUGAAAGACUGCAGUGCAUGAUCUAACUCCAUGCAUACCGCCAAACUGCAUCAGCAAGUAACUCAGCUUAUUUCACUUCUUCAGGGUUCUGACACAUUAUCUUGGUGAAAGCAUAUUAAACAUAUAUUUCCAUUAUUGGAGUUUAAUGCAAAAAUGUAUAUCAAAUG